CCAACACUAAGAUCCUCAGCAAGGACGACCUUGAAACCUUCAACACCUCAGCAGGAGGCCGCGCAAGAUCCUUAGAAAUGUCCAGUCCGCCAGUUAAAAGACCCCGAGCUUAAUCAAUGGUCACCAGGACGGAGCUCCAUAGAUCAGCAUAAGCGAGGGAUCUUCUGGGGCGGCUGUUCCGCUCUAGGUUCUUCGCGCGAGUAAAUAAGUAGGCUAGGCAGAGCCUUUUGGUCAAGGAUAGAGAUGACCGUUGCCAUUUCUAGGGUUUAUGCUCCUGGUUCAAGUUGUUGGGUCUUCAAGAGAAUGCAAGUCCUCAAGACUUGCGUUCGUAUGAAAAACGGGCUCGAUUAUGACCAUCGAAAGCCCCGCACUUUUCGUGCUUUCUUGCUUUGUCUUGCUGCCGUUUGGCUCAAGACUUCGAUCAGGAUUUUUUGGAUUUCAGUGGCGUGGUGAUGUGUAAAGCUCCUAGUGCGGAGGAGCAUCGCUGAUUGUUCCUUCCCCCGUUUUCCCUGUAUUAUAAAUAUAUUUUAAUCAAACGAUUACGAUAUCGGUAUGUCUCGCAGGCGCCGAAAGCUCCUGCUCCAACAUUGUGGAUCAAAGUGGAGGAGAGACGUGCCGCAACAACCUCGACAAGCUUGCGCGCGCGGGGCUGAAGGUCAAAGGAGGCACGGAAAACAGAGAGAGCAUACUCCAGCCGCUGUGGCAGGAUAUGAGUGAGGGAAGUGGAGGACGUAACGCCGAGGCCCUUCUUGAAAUCGCCAAUCACGCCACAUCCACUUACGGCAGUGCAGCAGGCAAAACGCGUCAAACUAUGCUGCGUCACGAAGACCAGGACAACGCGGCUGAUAGUUCCAGUUUCCUGCAGUCCCAUGUCGCCAAAGUGCGUGGCUUGUUGCAGCAGAACGGUUUUGCAGUCGUAGCCGAGGUCACGCUAGUAGCUUUUCUGGUGUUCGUUGUCGGCUACGCGAUCCGCAAGUACGCACGCCAGCUGGUUUCUCGCGCAGAGAAGAAGGAGGAAUUGCGGAAGAACAAUGAGGUUUCCUACGGUACGAUGGGCAAGAAGAAGAAAUCAGCAGAAGAAGCAGACCAGCAAAGUGGUGUUGCGAAAAGCGGAACGGCAAAGGGUGUAGCAUCGAAAGGCGCACUUUCUGACACAACAACGCACGAGGCAUCUGAGUCGGAGAUCGCUGCAUCGCAGGAGGGCGACAGCGGUUUUUCGUACCACUUUUUCUCUAGUUGAAUGAAAACGAUGAAAAAUUGAUGAACAUGAAGAAUACUUCUAAGACGUUGAAUGAUCAAUGUAUUGUGUGAUCACCGAGGAUUUUCAUCGUGACGUUGUAUUUCCGUCUGAUCGUCUUCACAGGAGCGACUAG